UUGUAAGCGCAAUGGCGAGCGGACGCUUCCAGUUUAUUGCGAUCGUAGCAGUGCUUUUCGCCAUCGCUAGCGUGGUGUCAGCGCAAGGAGAUGCGCCUAAGAAAAAGGUUGAGUUUCAGAAAUGUAGAAAUGAUGCCGGUGUUUGUAUGGCAAAAGACGAGUGCAGUGUUCCCACAUUCCGGUUGCGUAGGGACGGGUGUCCAUCCGACCUUGAUUGUUGUCCUAAAGCGACUGUACCUGUUACUGAUUUCGUCACGGUGAAUUCCACAGAGAAACCUGCAAUCACCAACACAGAAUCAGAAUCUGAAGAGAUUGUGGAAUGGUCAACUGAUGAUAUUCCAACGGAAAUUGUAACUAAAACGCCAAAACAAAUCCCCCCACCGACACCUAAAGUCGAGGAUAGUAGGAAACCAAUUAGCGAGUAUAAUAAGACUCAUGUUUUUACAACAACAACUACUAAUACAAAACCAACAUAUGCUACAACUCAUCCAACAAAGCCACACGAAGCUCAACGAUCUGAUCAUAACGCACCUUGGCUGGCAACAAUUUUCGAUGGAAAUAGACGCCACUGUUGCCACGGAGCUCUCAUCAGUAAUCGUUUCGUGCUAACAGCUAGUACCUGUUGGACAAAGUGUAAAAAUCAGCCAAACUUAUGGACUGUUCGACUUGGUUUACGGCACUCAAACUCGUCGAACAGUUCGAUAGAUGUGAAAGUGCAAAAUGGUUUACAGCACGACAGAUUUAAAAACAAAAAUAGAGCCAAUAAUAUUGCUGUGCUGCAACUGAAUCAAACUAUUAGCUUUAGCCAGCAUAUUAACUCAAUAAGUCCUCCAACGGAGCAGGAAUCGAUUGCCAUCAUCGACCGCAAUUUACUAUACACUGGUUGGAAUGGUAGUUUUGCACAAACAUCAGCAUCCAACGAACAGCCAGACAUGUUGAAAAUGAUCGAACUGAAGCAAAUUAAUGGAACUUAUUGUAGGUCCACGAUAUUGGCAAAUCAAAAAGGAACCAUUUUGCCUAAUGAUAAAUAUUUUUGCGUUAUGUCCAAUAACGCCAGUGAGACUUGUGAUCCGAAUAGCAGUAGAUGCAUUGUGGAGGAUCAUCAAUUGUUGUUUGCUGGUCAUGCGGGCGGCCCGGUGGUAGCUAGGAUGCCUGACAAUCGCUACGUUCUGUAUGGUAUAAUUUCAAGAUGCUACGAUAACAAUAAGGCUCAUGUUCCUACACUAGUCACGAAUGUAUUCGAUUAUAAAUCGUGGAUUAACGGGAUAGUAAGCUUAACGAAAAACAAUAAAUCUAACGGGUAACCUUGCUGGUUCAAACAUUUUGUGUACCGUAUUUCAAUAGAAUCCAAUCAACAAGAUUAUUCUGCAAACGGAGGUACAGUUUCUACAGUCUAUUGUCAUCAGUUGAUUUUGUUUAAAAUACUGUGUAAUGUCAAUAAAUAGCAUUCCAACAUCAUUCAAUAUUGUAAACGGUUGGAUUUUUUCUUAU